CGAACGCGACGCACGCGCCUCCGCUUCGCUUUCUCUUCUCUCUGCCGACGAGUACUCUUCUUCGCUCGGAAGGCAUUCUUUUCCCUCGCUUUCUCGCAUCAUCGUCGAAUCACUGGGAUUCAGUCUUGUCGCGAUCGUCCAGCUCGUCUCGCUGCGACGCGAGGCCGACUAUUCUCCUCGAAUUUUCUCGCGCCACGUUUCGGAUUUUUCGCCCGCGAGACCGGCCCGGCCUCCUGCUCUUCUUCUCACACCGAUCGCUCUUAGGACGCUCCGUGUUCAAUCUCGCACGGCCGACUUCGAUCUUCGCGUCGUGGACCAGUUAAAUCGUUGCCAGUUCUGCGAACAUCGAUCACCAAAGUCUUUGUCUCGCGAGGCUUGUGCGAGGGAAACCCCAUCCGUGGCCUCUAUUGCUUUGCGAUCUUCGGUCGGGGAGAGCAGCUAAAUCGUUCUCAGUUCGGCGUACAUCGAUCUCUAGACCCGCGUUUGCCAUUGUUCCGCGCGAAGGGACUUCGGUUCAUGGCUGUUCGCAAACGCGUUCCUCGAACGAGCUCGUAACUUUGGAGCGUCGUUAACGUCGCAGAGUCGUUCCCUCGAAGGAAGCCCGAACUCGUUCGCGUGGCUCGAGGUGGGCCCCAAGGAAUUGUUGCAUGUUGUGCGGCACGGGGCCCGUGCGGUUGUCCUCGAUGGAGGACGCCGUUCGCUCUACGGUACUCAGGGACGGGCGCGUUCGCGAGCAGAAUGGAGGCAGCUGGCGUUGCGAGACGACUUAAAGCCUCUGGGAUAAGAGAUCGUCGAGGUUCGAGGGCCUCGUGUUCGGAGAUUCGGGCUUCGCGAGAGGACCGUGUGGUGCGGACGGUGGUGAAGGGAGCUGAAGAACGUGCGCCUCGAAGAUUAAACGCUCCAGAUGGAAUCGCCUUCGGCCCAAGAGGAUUCCAGCUCGGUAGAAUCGCGGGGAACGGUGGUCGCGUCGCCGACGUCGUUCAAGACGGAGAUCGAACGCACGAAGGCCGGCAGUGACGCCGGGGACGCGCGCGACGCCGCUGGUCAGGCCGACGACGUCGAGGGAUUCGUCGACGUAGCGUCGCGCGAGGCUUCGUCCGAGGUCUCCGACGACGCUUCGACGGAAUGCCAGUCGCGGGAUCGGGACACGUGCCCCAGGUCGUGGAAGGAUCGCGACGAAACCGAAGACGCGAAAGUAGAACUCGAAUCGAACGAGCCGGUCGGCCGGAGCGACUGUUGCGAAGGAGCCUCGCCAGUGAAAUAUUUGAACAAAGAGGAGGGAAUCGCCGUCAGUUCGACGCCGGUGUCCAGAAAGAGGCCGGCGAGCGAUUUCCUGCCCAUCAACGCGGAGAUCAAGCGAAUCGGCGUGGAGAUCCCCGAGAACGAAGCCAACCAAUUGCGCAGCGACGUGAGGAGGAUCUCCCCGGUGCUGGUGAGCCUUCGAGAGCGUACCCUGGGAGAGAUAUCUCUCUCCUCGGACUCGUGCAUCUUCGACGACGACUCCAGCGGUCGGUGUAUAUCUAGAAACAGCCGAAUCUUCGACGGCACCCCGAGCCCCUGCAGGAUAACAACGAACGGGAGCCUCGAUGGUUGCGUGCGAAUCAGCCACGAUCCCGUGGCACCAGACUCCGAGGCGGCGCACUGUGAACGCGCUACCAGCGCAGGGGACGCGGUGGGUUGUCGCAGGAACUUCGAGUACUCCGAUGCGUACAUCGACGAGGACUCGUGUUGUUCGCUGCUCCGCGACAGCCCCGACAGGGAGCACCCUCCGUGCCAGGAGAAACAGUGCGAGGAGCCGGUGGAAGCGUGCGCGUGCGACGACAGUGAGUCCGCGGACGACGCCUGCAUGACGGGGAAGAACUCCAAGCAGUCGCCCGAGCGAGUGGAAUCGCCGAGCGGAUUGACGCCGGACAGAAAGGACAAGAAGAGUUCCAGCGCUAAGAAGAAACAGAAGAAGAACGUCGCGGACGAUGCUCGCGGCGCGGACACGACGACCGACUCCGAGGAACCGACGGAGUCGUGUUUUGUUCAAAGGUGCGCUCAGGAGGGUACGAAUGUCCAGGAGACCGAGCUCGAGGACCAUUCGAAGAAGCAGGUGGGCUCUCCCGUAGCAACUAGGUCGACUACGCUGCCCGUCGAAGAGCAUACUGUAAAAGAUUGCAAAGUGAUGCUGGAGAGGGUGGCCUCGCCGUGUCCAGCGAAUACCACGCCGAUGAAGGUUCUCGAAGACGAAGGAACAUGUGCUACACCCGUUGCGAAGCUCCUGGGGGUGGACGAGGAAGUCGUUCGCGCUUUUUCGUCGACCUCCACGGGGAAUCUACCACUGGAUAACUUAGACUAUCAAUCUAGGCUCGAAGACUCGACGCUAUCCGAGCUCGAACCUCCACCGAAGGAGUCGUGUUCGAUUCAAAGGUGCGCUACCAACGUCCAAAAGACUGAGCUAGAAGACCACUCGAGUAAACAAGAGGAACCUCCUGUUACAUCCACACCGAAAACGCCUUCUCUAGAGGAACAGUCGUCGAAUGCUACGAAACUGUGCACGGUGAUGCUAACGAGGAUCAGUCCGACACCUGUAAGAACUGUACCGGAUAUGAGUGUCAAAGAUGAACAUCCACUUCCUGCAUCCACAACUGUUGCGAAGAACCUGGAGAACGACGAGGAAGACUUUCCUGCCACCUCGUCGUUACCCCCCACGAACACCCCACAGUCGGACAGCGUCGACCCACUAGAUACAUCUGGUACACCCGAGAAGACAGAACCAUCCACUGAUCACGAUCCAACAAAGUCCUUAUUGGUCCAAAGGUGCGCUAACGAGAACGUCCAGAUGACUGAUCCGCAGGACCACUCGGAGAAACGGGUGGACAGACCGAACACUCCCGUCGACGUACACUCACCGUCGUCGUGCGCUGUAAAAGAGUGCACGGUGAUGUUGGCGAGGGUAACGUCGCCGACUCCGGUGAAAACUGUUUCAGAGAAUGAUGUCAGCGACGAUGUAGUAUCCAGAGCCGUUAUAAAGAAUCUUGAAGAGGACGGGAAAGUCUUCUUGUCCUCAGCCUCGCCUUCCACGGAGAGUCUACCAUCGAAUAGCCUAGAUUCAUCGAAGGUGCCGCUCUCUACACCCGAAGACACGGAACCAUCCGACCAGAAAGAUCCACCGACGGAGACGGGCUUCGUUAAAAGGUGCACCCACGAUGUCGAAAAGACUGAAUCAGAAGACCAUUUGAAGAAACAAUCGGUGUCUCCCAUGGUAACCAGGUCGAAGGUGCUGCCCGAUGAAGCGCAGCAGUCGUCGUCGGGUCCUGUAAAGGAAUGCAAAGUUAUUCUGGCAAGGGUGUCGCCGAAACCGGUAAAAACGGUGGUGGAGAAGCUAGUAAAGGACGAGACUGCGUCCAGAGCUGUUAUAAAGAGUUUGGGAGAGAACGAGGAAGUCGUGUUCACCUCGUCGUCGCCUUCAACCGAGAAUGCACCGCCGUUGAACAAUCCAGUCUCGUCCGAGGCGAUACCAGGUUCGCCGGAGUUGCUGGAACCUUCCGCGGAGGUUCCAGAAGCCGUGGACACCGAAACGGAAACGGAAACUGGCUCCGACAGCUCCGAGGUGUCCGGGACGAACGCACGGCUCCGUGGCUGCGACGAUGACGCCGUUUCCGACCAAAUCUCCUGCCCGGAGAGCGAGUCCAUGUGCUGCAUCGACAUCCAUCCGGAGAUCAUAACCAGGCUGGAAGCGGAGAGACCCGAAGCCUUCACGGAAGAUUCUGCCGAGAGUCUCGCGCUUGCCACCGGUGCUAGGGACGAGGUCAGGUCGGAUGGAAGCGACUCUGGGAUGGGGAGCGAGAUCCCUGGCGAUCCUGGACCUGCGCCAGCUCCGGAGAGCGACUCCGAGACGUCUUUCUUGGAUAGGAUACCGGAUGACAUUCUGUCCGACAAAGAGAAAGUCGUGAAUCAACUGGACUCCUUCGCACCCACCGUUGCUGCUCCAGAUACGCCGCAGACACCGCUGGCGACCUUCCCCAGUCCAUCGAAGAGCAAUUUAAAAAGGAGAUUGACGGAUUGCAUGGAGGGUGCUCCCACUCCGAAAAGAAGCAACACUGAGGAAUCCGUGAAAAAGAAACGGAAUAUUCAGUUCGACGCCGUCACCGUGUACUAUUUUCCCAGGGCGCAGGGCUUCACUUGUGUGCCUUCUCAGGGCGGCAGCACUCUGGGUAUGAGUGCGACGCACACCCACGCCGAGAGGUUCUCACUGUCGGAGCACGCUACCGAGCAGAGGCGAAUCCAUCGCGCUAGGUUGGCGCAGCUGCGUUCCGAGCGCGCUGCGAAUUGCGUGGUCGAGGCUGCGUCUAGUUCGGAGGACCCCAGCGACGACACGGACGAGGAGCAAAGCGAUACGGAGGAGCUGGACAUCGAUAGUUAUUACUUCCUGCAGCCUGUGCCUACGUGGCAGAGACGAGCCUUACUUAGAGCAGCGGGAGUACGUAGAAUAGACGCCGUCGAGAAGGACGAGUGCCGCGACAUUAGAGCCAGCAGAGAGCAUUGCGGUUGUGGGUGUAAAGGGUACUGCGAUCCUGAGAGCUGUCCUUGCAGUCGAGCCAACGUUAAGUGUCAGGUCGACCGAGCGGGCUUCCCAUGCGGAUGUACGCGCGACGGUUGCGCCAACAGUUCCGGCAGGAUCGAAUUCAAUCCGGUCCGGGUACGGACGCAUUUUAUUCACACGCUGAUGCGGUUAGAGCUUGAGAAAAAGCAACGGGAUGAGGAAGGUACGGAUCAUGACGUUUCCGACAAUCAGAACGGCAGAAGUCCCUUAAGGGAAAUCAAUUUAGGAUCCGUAAUGGAGAACAGAAACGCGGAGUGCCUGAGCGGGGGCGGUUUCACGACGUUGCAUUACGAGAAUCACGACGCUGCCGACGGCGGGACGAAUUGUCAGCCAGAGAUACCUGGCACAAGAGAAGAUAGCUUGGAUCUGUACGCUAUCAGGGACGAUUGCUAUCCGAGCGAGGAUACUGUUGACGGUACGCAAGGACCUCAAAGGAAACUUCAUCCUGAGUUUAGUCAAGCUUUUCAAACGUUCUCGAGCCAAACGAAUGCCGGAGUGAACUUCCAACAGCCUCCUUAUCAGGACUACCAACCUUACGCUAACCUUCCUUCCACAUCUAGGGUGCAAUUCCAGCCACAGUUUCAAGCGGUGCCAGGAAAUCCCGGGUUCUCGCAUUACGCGCCUUACGGUCAAGACAGCGGAUCGAUUCAGGGAAACUGCCAGGUUCACCCCGGGCAGCAUUCAUCCGGUUACGAAGCUAGCUUCGCCCAGGACGAAACGACCGGAUCGCAGUACACAAAUUUGAACUCUGUGCAACCUAUGAACGCUGUCCAGCAGAUGGGCAAACUGGAACCGUUCUCGGAACUUCUGUCCGGUAGAUACUCGUACUACGGCGAAAUGGAACCUCAGGCGCACGGUACUUACCACGGAAACGGUGCGAAGGUCGAGGUGGAAAAGAGCCAAGGUAACGAACAACAAUCCGAAAGUACGGAAGAGUGCGACGAGAACUUUGGGGAGAUCAUUAAGAAGUCGAUGGUCGAGACUGUAUCCGCCUAGGUCGAACUGUAGAUACGAAGAAUCGUCUGCGCGCGCGUCGAAAUGUUUUUUGACGCGUGGCGAUUCGAUAACGAUAAAAUAGAGUAAUUUCGACGAGUCUUUGGUGCCGUAUCGAAAACCUCGCGAACGAGACGAACGAUGUUUGGGAGGGAAGGGUGGGAGGGCGGGGGGACGAGGAGGUGCCGAAACUCCGAUCAGUUGUCCUUCCGUGAGUUAGAUAAAUCCGAGUAUAUUGUUUACGUAAUUCUCGAGAGGAGUUAAAAGUUCUCGUCGGGUAUCACUCGCGGUUAACUAUGACGAGUCCCGUGGAUGUCGUUAGAAAAAUUACGCGGCUACGUGUGCGUCCGCCCGGGAUGGAAACGCGAGACAUCGUCCUUGUCCGUUCAUAGAAAAAUAUUGUUGAUUACUCAAUCGUACGGACCGACGAGGCGACGUUCUCGGUGUACUGCGACGAGAAUCCGGGGCCGCCAAUUCGGUGAUGGAUUUUCCGGGAGGGGGGAAGGUCUUCGUCGAAAAUCUUCAUGAACGAUCUCCUUGAAACGGCAAGGAUUCAUUAACGGAGUUACAGAAGAAAUUCAACGAGGUUGUGACCAAGAAACAACAUGGGAUCAGCUUAGAUUGCAGUUUAUAAUACCUUAACUUUAAUACUUUAAUCGUAGGAUCGCGGGUUGCGCGUCUUUUUAAAAAGAAAUAAUAAUAAUGAUAAUAAAAAAAAAAAGAAAGAAAGAAAGAAGAAGAAAUAAAUAAAACAAUUUUCGUAUUCGUGCGACAGCUGCAACAAGCGCAAUCGUUGUGCGUUUGGAGGGAUGGCAUACGAUCAUAUAUACACGGAAACACACAUAUUUGUACACAACCACGAAAUGUGAGCGAUUGUGAUAACUUCGUGCAUGUGAAAAUGCAGUUUGCCAGGCUAAUUAGGUUAAGGAUUAAAUUAUGGGACUUUUUUAUGCCAGUUAGUAGGAGAUCGAGUUCGAAUGGUUUUUCAAUCAACGGCUGACGGUAAACGACGAUAGAGAAUAGAUUUUCAUCGUCUUGUAACUAAUGGACACAGUGAAUGCACAACGCAUGGCGAAUACAUACACGUUUAUAGUGCGAGAGAAUCAUGGUUGUCUGGCAUAAGCAAGCGCACGCUGUCUACAGAACACGUAAUGUUAAGCCCUCGUAUAUUUUUUGUUUUUGUUUGUUUUCAUUCGUUUACACAGCACCUUGAAAUUGCCGAGAACCGUUUGGUAUCACGCACACGUAUAAAGAUAAAGACUCGAAGAGUCUUCGAUGGGAAUAAUAAGGUUGUGUGUAUGUGUGUGUUCGUGUAUGCGUGUGCGCGCGUGCGUGCGUGCGUGUGCGUGUGUGUGCGCGUGCGUCUUCUUUUUUAUAUCAGAGAGUCCACACGCUCGAACGGUCAACGGCUCAAUUUUAUUCCUCAAUCGCAAUUUCAAGGUAAACUUCGAAAUAAAAAAAGAAAAA